CCGUUGUGAUUUACUAGUAGUACUAUGUAACUAAUUUUAGGGGUGUAAUUGGCCCGCGCGAGAGCGAGGGAGAGAUGGAGGAAGGUAAAGAAUGGAGCCUGAAUAAGCAGAACGAAACUACGACGCGACCAUCCCUUAAAUCCGAUGCUCCAUUCAACAAAUAUCAAUUAUGGAAACACAAGCUGAGGAACAAUUGCUACAAAAGGGUGCGAGAGGACAGAACUCGCUUACUCUGGAAAUUUAGAUGCAGCCAACAGGAGGAGGAUAUCGUGAAGUGUGCAUUCCAGGAUAUUGUAUCUGAUGAAUUCAACAAAAUGAAACACACGGAUGAGAUGUUAUGGGAGUAUGAAGGUCCUCCCGAUACUACUUACCAGGGUGAAUGCCAAGACAUUUUGUUAGAAAUGCAAAGAAUCUUUUAUCAAGAUCUCAAUUCCCAAUCACCUAUACAAGAUUUAGAAUGUGAUAUUGAAACUUGGGAAGAUGAAGUGGAUCAGUACUUGGCUCGUGCAGUUUGUGAGCAUAUGCAGCUAAAUGAAGAUGAGGCCCAUGGGAAAGAGAUUUGGUGUCCUAUUUGUAAGCAAGGAGAGCUUAAAGACAAUCACAAUAUUAUAUGCUGCACUUGUUGUGAACUUCGACUACACAAAGCUAGCAAGCUUACUUUGGACUUUUUACUGGACCGGCUGGCUAAAGUCCACACGGAGCAUUUUGAUAAAGGUUGCAGAUUGAAACCCAAAUUUUGCAUGAGGACAAAGUUUAAUUUAACUGCACUGUACAUUUCACGUGAAGGUUGUGAUACAUUUGAGGUUGUAAUUUAACAGUUUCGUUGUUAUUUGUUAUAUAGAUAUCUGAUGCCUAGCGUAUGUCAAAGAGUUUUCCCUAUCUUGUUUUGCUUCAUUUUAAUAUGCAUGGGAAAAAGGUAAUGUGCUUGUAGUAAAAAAUAUGUUGAACCUAGAACUCUUAAGAAUACAGAAAUGAAAGUAUCUUUCUUUAGAUUUUUA